AUGAAGUUUACUGCAUUGUUAACCGUUUUUGUUAUUGUUCUUGGAGUGGUUUAUGGAGACGGUAAGCUGUUUGACAUUUUUACUUUUUUGGUCGUUUCUAGUGUCAUAUAUCGACUAAUAUUGACAUAUUGACCAAAAUUUGAUAGCUAAAUGACUUUUCUAGAUAGACAUAUAUUAUAUAUAUAAUACUACCCUGCCUUGCCCAACUCUAACCCUUAUAUUAGGUUGUUCAAAUAAUUCUGCGCCUCAAAACCAAAAAUUUGUAUUGAGAGGGGGCACGUAAUUAUUUGUACAACCAAUAGUAUAAGAAUUAAAGUUGGACAGGGUAGGGUAAAACAAGGUAUGGUAUAGUAAAUCAAUGUAGGGUUUAAAAAAAAGCAUGGUGAAGUCCUCCGACCCACCCAGUCUAACCACCUACAUUAUAAUUAUAACUUUUAGCCCAUGAACAACGUACGAAACAAUAUGGCUAUCCACUUGAGAAUCUCUAUGAAAGCUUCAUGACGCAUGCCGACAGUGCGAAUACUAACCCCAUCUCUAAUUACAAGCCUCAAACACUAUCUGACACUGGUUCUAACUUUGCAAAUGGGAUUUUUGGCUCCUUAAAUGAAGCUGGAAAUCAAAUCAGAAACGACAGAUCGAUUUUUGAUUACUUCCCCGGCGGUUCUUCUUAUGACCUAUCGUCUUUUGAAGAACCUCUCGAAAGUUUGAGGUCUGCUCGUGCUACCUACAACAACAACUACCAUGGCAAGAGAAGACAGCCAAUUCGUGGCCACGCCCAAGCUCAUCCUCAACGUCAUCCCCAAGUUGGAGGUCACGGAAUCAACACUGGAUCUGUGCCCAAGCCUGUAUCUACUGGUACCGGAUCUAGCUCAGGAACUGGAAUCGUUGAUACUUUGAGUGGUGCUGUGGAAGUGUCAGAAAUGCCCGUGCUAUCCAUAACAACAACCAACCUUUUAACCAUGGUAGACAGCCAAUUCGUGGCCACGCCCAAGCUCAUCCUCAAGGUCAUGCUCAAGCUCAUCCUCAGCGUCGUCCCCAAGUUGGAGGUCAUGGAAUCAACACUGGACCUGUAUCUGUACCCAAACCUGUAUCUACUGGAACUGGCUCCAACUCUGGAACUGGGAUCGUUGACACCUUGAGUGGUGCUGCUGGAAGUGUCAGAAAUGCUCGUGCUGCUCAUAACAUCAACUAUCGUGUUAACCAUAGUAGACAGCCAAUUCGUGGCCACGCCCAAGCUCAUCCUCAAGGUCAUGCUCAAGCUCAUCCUCAGCGUCGUCCCCAAGUUGGAAGUCAUGGAAUCAACACUGGAUCAGUAUCUGGUUCUGUACCCAAGCCUGUAUCUACUGGUAGCGCCACUGGAACCGGAACUGGAAUCGUUGACACUUUGAGUGGUGCAGCUGGAAGUGUUAGAAAUGCUCGUGCUGUCCGUAACAACAACCACCAUAACUAUCAAAUUAACAAUGGUAGACAGCCAAUUCGUGGUCAUAUCCAACGUCAUCCUCAAGGUCAUGCUCAAGCUCAUCCUCAACGUCAUCCCCAAGUUGGAGGUCACGACAUCAACACUGGAACUGUGCCCAAGCCUGUAUCAACUGGUACUGGAUCUAACUCUGGAACUGGAAUCGUUGACACUUUGAGUGGUGCUGCUGGAAGUGUUAGAAAUGCCCGUGCUAUCCAUAACAACAACCAACCUUUUAACCAUGAUAGACAGCCAAUUCGUGGCCACGCCCCAGCUCAUCCUCAAGGUCAUCCUCAACGUCAUCCCCAAGUUGGAGGUCACAAAAUCAACACUGGAUCUGUUUCUGGUACCAUCCCUAAACCAUCAGCUGGUACCGGAUCUAGCUCAGGAACUGGAAUCGUUGAUACUUUGAGUGGUGCUGCUGGAAGUGUUAGAAAUGCCCGUGCUAUCCAUAACAACAACCAACAUUACAACCAUGGUAGACAGCCAAUUCGUGGCCACGUCCAAGCUCAUCCUCAACGUCAUCCACAAGUUGUGGGUCACGGAAUCAACACUGGAUCUGUUCCUGUGCCCAAGCCUGUAUCUACUGGUAGCGCGACUGGAACCGGAACUGGAAUCGUUGACACCUUGAAUGGUGCUGCUGGAAGUGUCAGAAACGCUCGUCAAGCCUAA